AUGAUUGAAUCCGUUGGUACUAAAUUUUUCAAAUCGAUAACUGAAACGGCUGAUGAUCUUGGUGGUCGAUUUGAAAUUGCUUUUACAAAUUUCUCAAAUAAAAUUACAGAAGAUGCUGAUGUAUUGGCUUUGGAAUUUAUAUCGUUAUCAACUCUUAUCAAAAUUACACUUUUUAUACUUAUCGUGCUUCUUCUACUGAUCAUUUUCAAAUAUUUAACACUUGGAACAUUGUUUUUAAAAAAACGAUGGCUUCGACAUCAUACCCAAUCAUCAAAGACACAAUUCGUUAUUUUGGCAACACCAGUGAAAGUGGAAGUGGAUUCUGCAACAUUCAAAAAAUACGAUAGCAUAACAGCUGUCGUUCAACUUCAAACUAUUAGUUCUGAUGCACAAUUCCUGUUGAAGCGUCUAAAGGAGUGA